AAAAAAAACAACAACUUUACUUUGAAAAUAUUAAGUAAGAGGAAGAAGUCUUGUUUACAUGGUUAGUAUGUCCUGUUCCACGCAACGCUAACCUAGCUGAGAGAAGUGAAAUGAUUUUCAUGGGGUUUGGAAGAUAAUUUGCUUUUUAAGACUGCUGUUGCCUUAGUGCAUCAUUAGCUUGCCGAUAAGUUCUUCAGAGACGAAACCCGUCACUGAGAGUGAAUCCGUGUAAAUGGCGUCGACAAAUGAUCCAUUUCAGUUUCAAGAAUUUGAAGAAGCUGGGAAUCUGUUGGAAGCCAACAGAGAUGCAACCACCAUUAGCAUUGAAGAUGAAGAUGUCAAGCCUGAGAAGCAGAGAAAAGCUGCUGGUUUCACUCCUGAUGGGGAUGACGAGGACCCACUUGCCAGUGAUGACAAGACAGAGCUUCUCUCUGGGCAAAAGAAAAGUGUCCCUUUCUGGACGUUUGAAUACUACCAAAGAUUUUUUGACAUCGAGACCCAUCACGUGAAGGAAAGGAUCAUUGGAUCAGUGGUGCCAUGGCCUGGAAAGAACUUUAUUCACGUCUACCUUCGUGGAAAUCCUGAUCUUUAUGGACCAUUCUGGAUUUGUACCACUCUUGUGUUUGCCAUUGCCAUCAGUGGAAACAUAUCAAACUUUUUGGUGCACUUCGGCGACCCAAACCAUAAGUAUACCCCAGAGUUCCGAAAGGUGACCAUAGCUGCGACAGUGAUCUUCUGCUAUGCUUGGUUGGUGCCCCUUGCCCUCUGGGGUUUCCUGCUGUGGAGAAACAACAAGAUCAUGAACUUAGUGUCAUACUCUUUUAUGGAGAUCGUCUGUGUGUAUGGAUAUUCCCUUGUGAUUUACAUUCCAGCAGAGGUCCUAGGGAUUCUCCCAUAUGAAUGGUUCAGGUGGUGCGCCAUUGUGGUGGCUCUGUGCCUCUCCAGCUCAGUUCUGGUGAUGACUUUCUGGCCUGCAGUCCGGGAUGACCACCCCAAAGUUAUCAUAACAAUCAUGUCAUCCAUUGUUGUGCUCAACGUUCUGCUUGCUGUUGGUUGUAAGGCCUAUUUCUUUAGCAAACCAGAACCAGUACUACAAGCUGACAAUUCUGCUACAACAGAGGUGAUCAAGGCAGUGUCUUCGCCAUGAAAGCCUUUCAUUGUUUGAAGGUUCUCCUGUUGCCUUAUUGGAGAGAAUCGGGUUGCUGUGGUGAUGAAGUCAUGGGCCGUCUGGAUUUCACCUGCACUCUGACAUUCUGGCUUAAGACCUUAAAACCCAGUGUGUAUGCUUGGUUCAACUGCGUGACCUCUGAAAAUGAACACUGGUACCAAGUAUGUUAUUUCUAAUGAGAUGGGUUCUAAACUUCCUUAAAGAUAAAUGGGUUAUGGUGUCACACAGCAUAUAACUACCAUACUAAAAGAGAUCUUAUCUACUUUAUAGUUCUUAUGUUGAAAUAUUUAGGUAACCAGUCUGUGCAGUAAUGUUGGUGGCAUCAAUGGCAUUUUGUAUAUGCAUUUUUAUAUUCUGUUAAUGGGAACUGGCUUGUAUAUACUUUGUGUAUUGCAUUUUCCUCCAAAUGAAAUAACCAUAAGUGCCCUCAACUAAUGCCAAAGACCCAUUCUAAAUGUCCAAGGGAUUUACAAUUUGUGUAACAAUUUUUUUUAUUAAUUAGUUUUUAUUGUGAUGCAUUGCAUUUGAUACAAUGUAUGAGAUUUCUGUGUCUGUUCUCUGAGUGUUUCAUGGGGAAAAAAAUAAAACAUGGUCUUUGUGGGACCCACCUUUUUAUUAAUGAAA